GUUCGAUGAAAUCCCUUCCCUGGGCAGCGGACGGCUCCUUAGCACGGCAGCGGGUCGCUGGGCAGCAUGGGCUUGCUGUACAUUCCUCGGGCACCGCUGCAGUGAGCGAACCGCGGGCCCGGGGAGAGAGUCCAGUCCAGCCUUCUAUGCUGUCUCCUUGAACUGGCGGCCAAUGCGACAUCUGCUUCUGCUCUUCCUGUGUCCCUGUGUGAUCGGGGUGGUCUUUCACCUUUGGCUGCUGAACUUCUCAGGACUGUAUUACAGUUUUCCUCUUUGGAGGCAGAGAAAAUAUGAUGUUGUUGUAGGGGUGUUGUCGGCUAGACAUAAUCAUGAACUGCGAAACGCCAUACGGAACACAUGGCUUCAGCACUUACAUCAGCACUCCUCAUUAAGUCAUCGCGUUCUUGUGAAAUUCAUUAUAGGAUCUCAUGGCUGUGAUGUUCCUGUUGAAGAUCGGGAAGACCCUUACUCCUGCAAAACUCUGAACAUCAGUAAUCCAAUUCUGAAGCAGGAGAUCGAAUCUUUCACCAUACCAGAAGCUGUUGGUGUGCUUACUGAACACACAGUGGUUAAUGUGAAUUUCCGUGUCCUUCACCCUGUGAUAAUCACCCGGCUUGGAGUAUUUCAGCAUGACAAUAUUGCAGGCUUCCAGAGGAAUAUAACUGUAAAACUUUUUCAAGCAGAACAUGAGGAAGCUCUAUUUAGUGCUCGUUUUAGCCCAGCAAGCUCUGGUGUACAGGUGAAUAGGAUAUGGUACAAACCAGUGGAACAAUUUAUAUUACCAGAGAGUUUUGAAGGCACAGUGGUUUGGGAAAGCCAUGAUGCGGAAGGCUUAAUUUCAGGAAACGUGCACCACGUAAUUGUAAACGAUGGAGGUGGAAUACUCAGGCUUACAACAGUUGAAGAAGGACUAUUGCCAUAUGAAUUUACGGAGGGUGUCGAAGGCAUUGCGGGAGGCUUUACAUAUACAAUUCAUGAGGGUGACACUCUUUUGCAAAAUCUCCAGACUCGUCCAGAGAGACUUCUAAACCAUUUAUCUGCACUUGAAAAAGAGGAUGCCUUAUUGCAGGAGGAAAGCACAACUUUUCAAGAUAUUAUUUUUGUUCCUGUAGUAGACACUUACAGAAGCGUCCCUUCUAAACUGCUUCAUUUCUAUAGCUGGACAGUAGAAUUUACAAGGUUUGAGUUUCUGUUGAAGACUGAUGAUGACUGUUACAUCGACAUUGAAAAUGUGUUUAAUAUGAUUGAACAGAAGAAGUUAGAAGCUUCAAACACAUGGUGGGGAAAUUUCAGACUGAAUUGGGCUGUAGAUCGAACUGGAAAAUGGCAAGAACUGGAAUACCUCAGUCCAGCAUAUCCUGCAUUUGCAUGUGGCUCAGGUUAUGUUAUAUCCCAAGACAUUGUUCAGUGGCUUGCUACCAACGCUGCCAGACUAAAGACUUAUCAGGGAGAAGAUGUGAGUAUGGGCAUCUGGAUGUCAGCUAUUGGCCCUAAACGCUAUCAGGAUAAACACUGGCUGUGUGAAAAAAAAUGUGAAACUGGUAUGCUGUCCUCACCUCAGUACACCCCACAAGAGUUAGUGGACCUCUGGAAACAGAAAGAGCAGUUUGGGAAUCCAUGCAUACGUGAAGAUAGAUGACCAAAGAGACUACAGAUUAUUCAUCUGAUAUUAGUGCACCUAAAAUAAAUUCACUAUUUUAGCUCGGCAGAGACUGCUGCGUGGGGUAAUAAUUUUAUAUUGUACAUUUACCUGUAAAAGGCUAUGUAAAAUAUAAAUCUUGUGAGAAUGCGAAAUCCUGUUUCUUCACAAUAAAUAUAUUCUGUUACCAA